AUGAUUGAAUUAACUACCUGGAACUUGGUGUUCAUACAAAAGUCAACGUCAUCACAUAUUAAUCUAAUGGGAAUAGUUACCAAAGACAGGUCAUUCCAUCUCUUUCCUUUUGUCCUAGUAGGAUACCCAGAAAUACCAAAUGGAGGCUCACGAUUCGUGAAGGAGCUUCUAGACAACUCAUAUACACGGGAUAUUCGUGUGCCUAAGAUCCCGCCAAGUGUGACAAGGGAGAGAAUUGGGUCACGCGCCCGUGACACAGCAUCCAAAAAAAGUUCGGACAGCAUACGGACGAGAAGCCAAGCCCACAAACAUGACUGGGCCUAUAGAGCGCAGAACCACCAUUUGAAUUCAUCACAGAACAACACUACCGUAUCUAGCGCGUGUAAGGCACUCAAAAAUUUCCAUCGCCCGAUAAACAAACCAAGUACUGAGUCAACUCAACUCUUGAUGACGUUCCGAGUCACACCAGUAAUCACUGAGUCAACUCGGAAUGUCGGCAAAUGA